GGCAAGCACCUCGUCAACAUUUUCAAGGAAGCCCAAGCCGCCUACCGAGAUAAACGACAUGCGGUCAAAGCCGAGCGGGCCGGCAUUCAGCGGGCCAAGACAUUCGAUGUGACCCCGCGUGCCCCUGCCGAUCUGUACUACGACGACUACCACUACGGCAGGUACGAUGACGAAGACGACCGCGGGUACGACCGCCGAUCGCUCCGUGAUGCCUUCAGCCGCCGGAGGUCGUACGAGGAUGACGACGGCGCCCGAUCGCAUGCGUCUUCGCGCUACAGCCGCCAUCGAAAGCGGCUGCCCCCACCCCGGUCGUCAUACGGGGACCGCCCCGCGCUGACCGAGUCCAACCUCAAGUCGCACUCAGAGGUUUCCGCCACGGGCCCGAGCAAAGCCUACCGGUCCCCGUAUGCUGAAACGGCCCCACGGGACAUGCAGCUUUCCCGCCCGACGCUUGCUGUGCUUCCUCCGCCCCCGGAGCCCGCUGACGGCGCAAUCCCGCAGCCCGCGUCUGGGGCUCUCGUCCCGGCCCGUGACCGACGGCAGGUCAUGCGCCGCCGGCGCUCCGACCCGACCCUCACCAAGAAGAAGUCCAUCGACAUGAACCUGGCAUACGGGGACAUACCGCCUGAUCUGGCGUUUCGGGACGACCUCGACCCGGCUCACAAGGAGGAAGGGGAGGCCGGGCCUGAAGACCCGCAAGAGGCGGAAGCGCUUAGCCUGCUGGACCGCAUCGAGGAUUUCCUGGAGGAAGCCCAAUGCAUCCACCACACGGCUAGCUCCAUGAUUGAGAACCUGCAACGAAACCCCGAGGCGGCCGCUGCCGUGGCGUUGUCACUCGCCGAGCUCAGUGCGCUGAUCGGUAAGAUGAGCCCGGCCUUUCUGGGCUUUCUCAAGGGCGGCAGCCCGGCUGUCUUUGCUCUGCUGGCAAGCCCGCAGUUCCUAAUCGGUGCCGGCGUUGCCGUGGGCGUGACGGUCGUCAUGUUUGGCGGAUGGAAGAUUGUCAAGCGGAUCAAGGACGCUAGUGCGGCAAAGACGCUCGAAGCGCCGUUCGAGAUGUGCUCGCCGGCUCAACUUGUGCCAGCCGCCUCAAAUGUCGAGGAACUCAGCAGUAUCGAGACCUGGCGCCGAGGAAUUGUGCCGUUUGGCGAGGGCGAGUCGGCAGUGGACGUCGAGCUGAUGAGCCGUGAGGCGGAGCGCGCCCUGCGAGAGCAGUACCGCGACGAAAUCGACCCGAGCGACUCGGUUUCGCAGGCUGGCAGGAGCUCGUAUAGCUACCGUUCCCGGAGGUCUCACCGAAGCCGCCACAGCAGCAGUAGCAAACGGCAUCACUCGCACCGCGAAGACGAUGUCGACGUUCCCGAGCGCAAGAGCAGCAAGCAGACCUCCAAGGACAAGGACAAGGACCGGGACGGAGCCGAAAGCCAGGCGGCAAGCGAGAGGAGUCACCGGAGCCAUCGCAGCAGCCGGUCCCACCACCACGACGAAGGAUCGACCACGUCACGAUCGUCGAAACACUCGGCCAAGAUCGGGCUCAAGGCCAUCGAGGAGGGUGACAAGGAGGAGGGCCACGAUGGUGAGAGCGUGUCUGGGAAGCCGAAAGAGAAGAAGAGGGAUAUGAUCAAGCAGUUGUUCAAGAUGAAGAAGGAUAAGGAGGAUCGCGAGAAGUCUGUUGCAGUGUCGGUUCUGGUUUGA